CCAUUUAGCUCUCUGUGUUUUGCCAAAUUAUCAUGGGUCAUGGCUAGGUCGUAAUUUAGCAUCUCGAAGACAGGGUGAGAUGAGCUCAACCAGCAGACUGGUCUCGCUCGCUCUCGUAUGGAUGUUGGUUCUCUUCGGAGUCCUUGCCUUCAUUCAGAAUCAAUUAAGCUCCGCAGAACCAAAAGUUAAUGACGGAAAGCUCAAUGAGGAAAAGAAAUCAGAGGAGGCUUUACGAGAAGUGACACACAAAGUGUACUUUGACAUUGAAAUUGGGGGAAAACCUAUGGGACGUGUGAUCAUGGGCCUCUUUGGAAAGACAGUUCCCAGAACCGUAGAAAACUUCCGAGCACUCUGCACGGGAGAGAAAGGAAUUGGGAUGAAUGGAAAGCCUCUCCAUUACAAAGGAAGCAAGUUCCAUAGAAUUAUUCCCAGUUUUAUGAUACAGGGUGGUGAUUUUACACGUGGUGACGGACGAGGGGGUGAAUCAAUAUAUGGUGGGAAAUUCGCUGAUGAGAACUUUAUAUUGAAACACACUGGACCAGGUCUGCUAUCAAUGGCCAAUGGAGGGCCGGAUACCAAUGGAUCACAGUUUUUCAUCACUACUGUGAUAACAAGCUGGUUGGAUGGGCACCAUGUCGUAUUUGGGAAGGUGAUUUCUGGGAUGGAUGUCAUUUACAAGAUUGAAGCUGAAGGAAGUAAGAGUGGAAUGCCUAAAAGCCAAGUGACCAUAUCAGAUAGUGGUGAAAUACCUUAGAAAGUACGUACCUUUUCUUUGACAUUCAUACAGAUGAUGUUAGACAGUUCUACAAUUAAUGUGUAUUGAUUUUGCUAUAUAUUAUCAAUCAUGGUUUUGUAUUUGGAUCAAAGGCAGAAUUUUUUCAAAAUUUCA